GUAUUUAUGUUUUGAAGUACAGGUAGUGCGUUUUCAAUCAAGCAUGAAAAUAUUAAAAACGUGUUGCGAUGCGUGGCGCCUCGGAGGACAACGAAACUUCUUCGGACGCAGGAAAUAUGAUUUAGGAAAGUGUAACAUAGUUGAACCCGGAAAGGUUACUCCGGAACGACCGAUUCCCAAGCAUAUCGCCAAACCGGAUUACUAUUUUGUGCGGAAUUCGCCCAGCUCGGGCGAUGGACCUUCAGAAAUCAAAACCGAAACCCAGAUCCAGGGGAUGCGUGAUAGCUGCAAACUUGCUGCCAAUAUACUUAAGAAGACAUGUGCUUUUGCUACGGAAGGAGUGUCCACCGAGGACAUCGACGAAUUCGUUCACAAUGAAGUGAUCCAGGCGAAUGCCUAUCCGUCCCCUUUGCGGUACUUGGGGUUUCCCAAGUCGGUGUGCACCUCGGUCAAUAACGUUGCCUGCCACGGAAUUCCCGAUGAUCGGAAGCUAAUGGAUGGGGACAUCAUCAAUGUUGAUAUAACGGUGUUCUUUAACGGCUUCCAUGGCGAUUGCUCGCGGACAGUGUUGGUAGGAAAUGUGGAUGAACGUGGUCGUUACCUGGUUCAGUCUACGGAGGAAUGCCUCGCAGAAUCGAUUCUCUGCUGUGGUCCCGGGCAACCGUUGUACGUAAUCGGGAAAUCGAUCGCUAGAUUUGCCAAAUGGAAGAAAUUGAACAUUAUGCCGGCUUUCCUGGGGCACGGAAUCGGGAGUUAUUUUCAUGGGCCUCCGGAUAUUUACCAUUUCGAUAACGACUAUCCAGGAUUGAUGCGUCCAGGCAUGACGUUCACCAUCGAGCCGAUCCUUACUCUGGGUGUAAUGGAAGCGGAAAUUCUGGAGGAUGAUUGGACUGCCGUGUCAGCGGACAAUGCCAGAAGUGCGCAGUUUGAGCACACCAUCCUAAUCACGGACAAUGGCAGUGAGGUGCUGACAGUUCCCGAUUAAUGUUGCUCUCGUUUGAUAGUCGGGUUCGCUUGUAGCUAGAUUCGUAAGACAUAAAUUGUGGAUACGUUAUCGAUAGUUUA